CUCCGCACUGUGUUGACACACCUCUUCUGUGAACAAAUCGAAUGUGUAUCUAUUAUAUCGUUGUGCAACCGUGUAGUUGCCCAGUCGCUUAUUAUAUUUGCUUCCGCGUUUGGCUCAAAAAUCUGGCUUAAAAUUCUUCUCACAUUAAUUUUUAGGCAUGCCGAUCACGAAGAUUCACGCUCGUCAGAUUUACGACUCCCGCGGUAACCCGACGGUUGAAGUCGAUCUAUACACUGACAAGGGCGUGUUCCGUGCAGCUGUUCCAUCAGGAGCCUCGACUGGAGUGCACGAAGCGCUAGAGCUUCGUGACAAGGACAAGAAGGUGCAUCAUGGAAAAGGUGUCUUGAAGGCUGUGGCAAAUAUCAAUGAGAAGAUUGCUCCAGCUCUCAUUGCAAAGAACUUCUGCGUUACGCAACAGCGUGACAUUGACCAGUUCAUGUUGGCGUUGGAUGGAACUGAGAAUAAGUCGAAUCUUGGGGCCAAUGCUAUCUUGGGCGUUUCGCUGGCUGUUGCAAAGGCUGGAGCUGUUCAUAAGGGCAUGCCUCUAUACAAGUAUCUUGCAGAGCUAGCUGGUGUCAGCAAAGUCUGUCUGCCAGUUCCUGCAUUCAAUGUCAUCAAUGGAGGUUCCCAUGCUGGAAACAAGCUAGCUAUGCAGGAGUUCAUGAUUUUGCCUGUUGGUGCAUCAAGCUUCUCUGAAGCCAUGCGAAUGGGAUCGGAAACUUACCACCAUCUCAAAGCAGAAAUCAAAAAGAGGUAUGGACUGGAUGCGACUGCUGUAGGAGAUGAGGGAGGUUUCGCUCCAAAUAUUCAGGAUAAUAAGGAAGGACUCGAUCUCUUGAAAACAGCUAUCGAUCUCGCUGGAUACACUGGAAAGAUCUCCAUUGGUAUGGAUAUCGCAGCCUCAGAGUUCUACAAGGAGGGAAAAUAUGACCUGGACUUUAAGAACCCCAAAUCUGACCCUAGUAAGUGGCUGACGGGAGACCAACUUGCUCAGCUUUAUCAUGAUUUUAUCAAGGAGUACCCAGUAGUUUCUAUCGAAGACGCUUUCGAUCAAGAUGACUGGGACAACUGGGCAAAAUUGAAGCAAAGCACCGACAUCCAACUAGUUGGAGAUGACUUGACUGUCACCAACCCCAAGCGUAUUCGUCAAGCUAUUGAUAAGAAGAGUUGCAACUGCCUGCUGCUCAAGGUUAAUCAAAUCGGAUCAGUGACAGAGUCCAUCGAGGCAGCGAAGCUGUCGCGCUCGAACGGUUGGGGUGUGAUGGUGUCUCACCGUUCCGGAGAAACAGAAGACACCUUCAUUGCUGAUCUUGUCGUUGGUCUUGCCACCGGUCAGAUCAAGACUGGAGCUCCAUGCCGUUCCGAGCGUCUUGCCAAAUACAAUCAACUACUUCGUAUCGAGGAGGAACUCGGCAAAGAUGCUGUAUAUGCCGGAACGAACUUCCGCAAUCCAAAACUGUAGAUGCUGCCUAAGAGAGUUUAUAAUUUUCCCGCAUGCAGAUGAUUAUCUUUCCCACCUGAUGCAAUCCCAUUUAUACACCGCUUAGAGUGUGUCCUGGCACUUUUGUUAUCUUAGCGGGUAGAGUAUUUAAGAUAGUAACGUGUAAUCAGUAGUGUAAAUCGGUGAUUGUCUCAAUUUUAUUAGUAAAAUAAAGGUUUUUAUUUAUACGAAAA